AUGAGCGACUACAGUGACCCUCAAUUAACGCCGAAUGGAAAGGUGUCCAAAGCAAAAAAGGGAAAACCCGUUCACGUCUGUUCAGAAUGUCAAAAGGUAUACACUAGAGCCGAACAUCUUAGACGGCAUCAAUCUUCCCACCAAGAGCCACAAUACCAAUGUCAAAUUUGCGAAAGGCGCUUUCAUAGAAGGGAUUUAUUAGAAAGACAUUUUAGACGACAUGAGGGUGAAGGCGAGCAUACACAAGACGACUACCAGCAAUAG